GUUUUGAAAACAAAAUGUUAAGGGAGAAUGAAAAGGCGGUUAGGUUAAAAUAAACGACACGUGUUGGUUGCAUGAGUUGAUAUUUAAUUGAGUAUUAUAAGUAGAGAAACGAUGUGUGAAAUGAAGAGAUUGAUUGGUGCCUUUUUGUUUACGAAAUUUGUGCAUUUUAUGUUCUUGUAUUUUUGAGUUGGGGGUGUGACUUGGGAUCUAGUGGGUCAGUAUUUAAAACGUAUAAUUCUAGCGUUAUUUAUGAUGCCGCGGUGUAUUCUUCAGUUCAUGUCAAUGAUAUUGAGCAAAUGACUCAAGUUCAUAACUGAUGUAGGAGUUAUUAUUUUAGUAUAAUUGUCCCUGCUUAUAAUAGCGCAAGAUGGACUGGCAUUAGGAUUCACGUCGUUAAUGACCUCUUUCAGCUGAUGCCAGACUUUGUGCACAUGGGCAUUUGGUGGGGUCGUUGAACAAAGGACAUAUUGACUUUGUUCUAUUCUGCGGGUUGCUUCCCUUAAAGCAACAUAUUGAAUUAUUGCGAGUAUUUAUUUGGGCAUACUCCAAUGAAUUCGAAUUUUAAUGUUGAACCCGUUUGCCGUUUGGGUAUACUUAGCGCUAUAGAAAAGCGUUCUGAAGCUUUCAAGUUAUAUCUUUUGAACGCGAUCGAGACGACGUGAAAAUGGCUACAGCCAUACCAGAAGGAUUUCAUUAUGAGACCAGAUAUGUUGUUUUGAAUUACUUGGGGCUGAUUUCACAAGAAAAGACUCCAAAACAAACAGGGGAAGGGAUACAAUCAAAAGAAAGGCCUUCUCUGCAAAGGAAUAUAGCUGAGAAAAUUAAGACUGAAAUUGAAGAAGAACUCCAUCUCCUGCAUAAUGACAUCAAUAAAGACUUUAACAGUACAGGAUUUGACUGCCACUCAUCUCCAGUAUUUAGUCCAGCAAAUCCAGCAAUUUCAAUAGAAGACUGCCUGGCUCAACUUGGAGAAAAAGUAUUCCGGGAGUUUGCUGUGCAACUGCAGACAGCACUACAAAAUAUUCUGAGCAAGCCGCUGGAAUAUGAAGUAUACAAAGAACAAGCAAAUAGUGUUGCCAGCCACACCAGUGGGUGGAACAAGGUUCUGAUCUCUUUAGUGUUGUUGCAGCAGCUGCUCGCCAGUCACCACCAGCAGCCGCUAAGCGAGCUAGUGAAACUUGGAGUGAAGUACAUAGAGGAGACUGAUGCUGAUUAUAUCAUCCAGCAAGGAGGAUGGGGAACUGUUUUUAAUCUGGACUCCGAAGAGGAAGAACAAGGAGAAACUGUAGAUGACAGCAAUGAUAUUUACAUCUUAACAAGUGACAACUCUGGUCAAGUAAGUCCUCCUGAGCCACUAACUGUCACUAGUUCUUGGCAGGCAGCUGGCUUGCCAGCUUCACUGUCUACUAGCCAAAGCUGGCAUACUGAAAGCUUGCCAGUUUCUCUUGGAACAGAGUCUUGGCAACAAUUAUCCAUAGACCCAGAGGACAUGAAAAGCUUGGACAGUAAUGGUGGUGGUGAAGAGAGAAGUGAAAACAACUCUUCUAAUUCUGAUAUUGUCCAUGUAGAAAAAGAGGAGCUUCCUGAAGCAGUCGAGAGUCAGGAGGCAGAAUUAAAAACUCAAGUUUCUGCAGCAGCAAUUAAAUCAGCACCUCUACUCUUGCAACAGACUGCACAAGCGGAGGUUGAACUCCCUGCUGAAGUAGGGAAAGCUGAUCCUUUAUUAGUAUCAAGUCCAAUAGCAACCUCUGAAGUAGAGGAAAAAACUGUAACACUGGCCAGAGAACAGGCUGUUGAAUCCAGCAAACCACAUCCAUCAACUUCACUGCAAGAAAUAAGAAAGCAAUUGGAAGAGAUUAAAAAAGGAAUCUGGGAAGAUGAAAUAGAAACCAAACCAGAAGAUGAUGUAAGAAAGGGUGAAAAAGUUGAAAUAACACCACUGCCUACAUCAGAGGAUGGUGAAGAAACUGUUCCUGCAAAAUCAAAUGCAUCUCUUUUGAUUUAUGGUGGAGCUGCUGCUUUUGCAAUGCUAGCUGUGGCAGUAGGGGUGGUGCUAGCCUGGAGAAGAAGAUUUUAAUCGUGAGCUGUUCACUUAUGAACCAUGUGUUUGGGAAGGCUUUCUGUUCUACAAUUGAUUAUUAUGACUAAUUAAGCCUAUUUAUUCAGCUGCAUUGCGGAAAACGUGAUCAAUGAGGAAACCAUGGUUAAUAGGGGUAGCUAAUCAACACAAAUGCAUGAAUACUGGGUGGUACUAUAUAGUGAGGAAAUAAAUUUUGUAUAAUGGAAUGGAAAUUGUGCAGCACGGAAGAUGUUCUCACUGUAUGCAGUACAAUCUUAGAAUGAUGCUAAUAAAUCUCUAAAUAGCACUGAAAAGUGUUAAAUCAUUGUAGAGGAGAGAAGCACUUUGAAACUGGAACAUUGACAAGAAAAACCACAAGUUCCAUUCUGGGGAACUAAGUAUUGAGGUCUUGGUUAGCUGAGACCUUUUUUUUAUAUAUAAUAUGAAUUAAUUCAUUCUUUGUCAUUUUGAUUCUUUAGCUGCUGGUAACAUUACUUCAUAAUUUUUAAUGUUAGCCUUGAGCGAUUUGUGACACUAGUUUGAAUUCAUUCAGAUCUACUUCUGCUUGUAUAUUUUUCUUUGCCUCCUUCUCUGAUUGUAUUUGGUUUGGUUUAUUUUUCCAUAGACUACGGAACACUUUUGAUGAAUAAAAAUGAGAACUUCAUUUGA